AUUUGAUUUAUUUCUGGAGAGGCUUACGGCUCACCGUGCGCAAGGUUCACCCCGGUUGGCACGUCAUUCGCUCACCACUCCCACCGCCACCGGCCUCAAGCCAACACCACCAGUCCACACAUGCGCAGGCGCACACGCACGGCCGUUGAGACUUGAGACAGAGACGCAGGAGCGCGGAGGAAAAGGAGGCCCAGACCACCGACGGGGAAAAAACAUCACGAACACCGUUCUCCAUAGCGGGAGUAGUGAGGAACGAAAGAGAGGGGGCGGCCUAGGGCUUCGAUUCCGCAGCCAUGGACGCCGCUGACGUGUGGGGCCGCUCAUCGUCCUCGUCUUCUUCGUCCGCCGCCGCCGCGAGGCGCCUGCAGGCGCGCUACGAUCUGUACAUGGGGAUCGACGACGCGGACGCCGGCUUGGACGAGGUGACGGAGCCGCGCGGCGGGGCGGAGUCCUACAACUGCCCCUUCUGCGGCGAGGACUUCGACUUUGUCGGCCUCUGCUGUCACAUCGACGACGAGCAUGCCGUUGAGGCUAAGAGCGGGGCAUGCCCCAUCUGUGCUACAAGGGUCGGAAUGGACUUGAUAGGACAUUUGACUAUGCAACAUGGAAGUUAUUUCAAGAUGCAACGCAGGCGCAGAGUCCGAAAAGUAUCUUCUGGGUCCCAUUCUUUAUUAUCUUUGUUGAGAAAGGACUUGAGAAAUGGCAGUUUGCAGUCAUUUCUCGGUGGAUCAUCCUAUGUAUCCAAUCCUCCUGCUGCAGCACCAGAUCCAUUUGUGUCAUCUUUAAUUUGUACUUUGCCUGUGGCUGAACCAUCCAAAGAUUUACAUUCCGACUCAUCUGACAAUAACUUUUUGCUAAAUAAAUUCCCAGAUGAAAAGCCUGUAGAGAGGUACGUCACCUCAAGCUUGUCCUUUCUGCUGCCUCACUCAUCUCCCUCUUUGCCACGAUACCAUUGGAUCUGGGCUGAACCAUCAUUGUCGGAGAAAGAUCAGAAGGAAAGGGUUCAAAGGAGCAAAUUCGUCCGAGGGCUUGUGCUCUCGACAAUAUUUGAUGAUGAUAACUUGUAAAGGGGGUCAUCAAACUUGAUAACAGCAUCACAAUAGUUAAGGAACACGAAGAGAAUCAUCAGACUCUGCUGCUGUUGUCGUGAUCACACAAGAGGCCCAUCUAAGUUCGUAUAUGUACGGAUGGAAUAUUUAUGCAUGUAUGUAUUUAUGUUUAUCUCCCUGCAUUUACCCUUAGUGCAACAGGGUGGUAGGGGACGGUUGUAGUAUUCCAAAUUUAUGUAUCAAAUAAAUGAGGACACUGUCCUUGGGGUGCAAUUGUGUAUAUAAUAUAAUAAUAGGGAGCUACUCGCCAUGAUUUAGGAUAUUUUAUUUAACUGUUGUAAUAAUAUGCAGUGUUUUGUAUGAUGACCCCAUUUUUUUAUAUAUAACUGUUCAUUUUAGUC